CACAAGGAACGACUCGCACGGAACGUCUUUGUAUACUCACCGUCUCGUCGCAUAACCUCACGCAUCAGUCAACACGACCGUGGAAAUAUCCUCGACAAAUAUCCUCAGUACUGUCUCUUUUGUUGUUGCAGUUCCAUUAUAGAUAUAUCUGAUGAAUCAGAGGAUGAAUUGGCACGAAUUCGCGCACGAGCGAGGUUUCCAGAUACAACCAGAUUAGAGUAUGAUGCUUUUCAGAAAAACGACAUAAUCGGCGUCACCAAAAAUGCCUCAGGGGUCACUGACGAGAAGAACACGUCUAUAAUACCAAUGAUACAAAAGAGGGCCCUCAAACCGAACGGUUUUAGUGUUAAAGAAAAACGUAGGAUAGCCAACAAUCUUUUGCCGAAUAAGCCACAGGUUUUAAAUGACUUUGGUUCGAAAGUAUUCUGUGGUUUAUAUUCCAAGGAUGGAGAGUUCUUCGUCACUGCCACUCAAGAUAAAUGGAUGUACAUAUAUCGGACGAACAAUGGUAAUUUUACCUUGUACAAUCGGAUGUUGGCGCAUGAUGUUGGAUGGAGUGUUCUGGACGUAGCGUUCAGUCCGGACGGACAACAUUUUGCAUAUUCGAGCUGGGCGGAUUGUUUAUAUCAGUGUCAUAUAUCUGAAGACUCGAUAGAAACACUACCUUUACAUCCAGGCGUACGGCGAUUUUGCGUCUUUUCCUUGGCCUUUUCAAACAAUGGCGAAGAAAUUCUUGGUGGCGCCAAUGACCGAUGCCUCUACAUAUACAGUCUCUAUUGCCAACGCCGAUUUGAGCGGUUCGUAGGUCAUGAAGAAGACGUAAACUGUGUUGCCUAUGCAGACAAUAGUUCGCAGAUCUUCUAUAGCGGUGGUGACGAUGGAUUAUGCAAGGUAUGGGAUAGAAGAUUGAUAAACGUAUCUAAUCCGUCUCCAGUUGGAGUAUUGGCCGGUCAUAGAGACGGGAUCACAUACAUCGAUUCACGUGGCGACACACGGUAUCUUAUAACCAAUUCUAAAGACCAAUGCAUCAAGUUAUGGGAUACGCGAGUGUUCUCUUCUCGUAAAGCCCAGCAAAAUGCUCGCCAGCUUAUAGAGCGUCAAGACUGGGACUAUCGAUGGCAGCCUGUACCUCAACGAUUAUGGGAUCGAGGUUUCUUAGACGGUGAUAGUAGUAUCAUGACGUAUUACGGUCAUUCGGUUCGUAAGACUUUGAUACGUUGUCGCUUUUCGCCGCCGGAUAAUACUGGUCAAAGAUACAUUUACACGGGGGAUUCGACAGGCCGGCUCAUCAUAUAUGAUCUUCUAACUGGAAGGAUAGUACACAAGGUAAAAGGUCACUUAGGCUGCGUGCGUGAUGUCAGCUGGCAUCCCUUUGAUCACAACUUCAUUACCUCAUCUUGGGAUGGUAAAAUAUCCAAAUGGGAAUAUUGUGAAAACUACAAUGCGAAUGACUAUGAGCCACCUUUACUACGACGGAGUGAGAGAAUAGCUGCAAGAAGAAGGGCGCAUAUUUUGACAUGAGGUUUUCCAUUUUUCAUUGUUUUCCUUUUCUUUUUUUUCAAAGCAAAUCUAAUGUUCACCUUUGCUUAGAAAAAAAGGAGAAUAAAGGAAUCACCUAUCGAGAAUAACCUUCUCUAGGUGUCCAUUUUUUACGCGAUUCUCUCCCAGGAACGCAAAUAGACAUUAUACAAGACUGAAUGAUGAACGCGAUUUUUCUAUUUGUCUCUGCCGUUGUGCUCGCAUAUUUCGCGGGAUUCUCGCUGCGAUUGUUUUCUUCGCAUUAACACAGAGUGAGAAUUACCAUUCGAUCUAUUUCAAAUUGAUCCGACACAAAUAAUCCAUUUCUGCGACACAGAGCUCUUCCUCCUUUUUUCUUCACACUGUAUUUUAUAUCGCGAACCAUUGCCGUCUAGAUUUUAUGGAAUCUUUGAUAAGUUAUAUCUUAUCUCUCAUUAAAUAUAACGUUCAUUGAUGAUUGCGAUUGAUUCUUAUUUUUACAAGGAAAGCCACCUUAAAAUAUCUCCUCUUCUCGAUUUU